GAGUAGCUGGGACCACAGGGACCACAGGCGCCCCGCCACGACGCUGGCUUUAUUUUUAUUUAUUUAUUUAUUUAUUUUUGGAGAGACGUAGCCUCCCUAUGUUGCCCAGAUUGGUCUUGAACUCCUGGGCUCAAGCAAUCCUCCUGCCUCGACCUCCCAAAGGGCUGGGAUUACAGGCGUGAUCCACCGCUUCUGGCCAAAAGAGGGCUAUAGGGCACCCCCAGAACGCGAGAUCUCCCUCGUCUGUCAUCUUUACAGAGGAGGAAGUGGACUCCCAAUCCAGCCAUAGUCCAUUCGCCCCGGGCACGGUGACUCCGGGGCGGCCAGAACCAAAUGUGUCUCCUGGCUUUUGCACGGCAUCAAGUAACCCGCGCCAGGCCGCACAGCUGCCCUGGCCUUCAGCAAGGACUCCGCGAGCGAGGUGCAAGCUGCUGGGGAGUGCCACAGCAGGAGCUGAGGCAGCGGAUUCCGAGGGCGGGGUGGGGCUGAAUCGGGAGGGACGCGGACCCGGUGGAACGCACUGCGCAGACGGCGCCGGCGCCAGCACUCGGCUGUUGACGAGUCUUUCUUCCAGCUGUCCCCUGAAAGUCGUCCAGGCGGCGGUCCCUUUUUUUCUGCCUUUUUGUUUCCCUCCGGCGAGUCGGCGCGAGGGUGAAUUUCCGUUUCCGGCGGUGUCCAAGCGGACCUAAGGAGUCGCAGUUGUGAACAGGUUCGAGUUACUUGUUAUUGGUAAAUAGCCACUAUGGAGACUAAGGACCAGAAGAAACACAGAAAGAAAAACAGUGGACCCAAAGCUGCAAAGAAAAAGAAGUGGCAUCUGCAGGAUCUCCAGCUAGGAGACGAAGAAAAUGCCCAGAAGAGAAAUGCCAAUGCUUUUGCAGUUCAGUCUGCUGUGUGGAUGUCGCGAUCCUUUCACAGGACUCUGGAUUUGAAGACACAAAAGCAUCAUAUUCCAGUGGUUGAUGGAACUCCACUAGAGCCGCCACCAAUAGUGGUAGUGGUAGUGGUGACGGGGCCUCCAAAGUUGGAAAGAGCACUUUGAUAUAGUGCCUCAUUCGGAACUUCACCUGGCAGAAGUUCACCGAGAUCAGAGGCCCUGUGACGAUCGUGUCAGGUAAAAAGUGCAGACUCACCAUUAUUGAAUGUGGGUGUGACAUUAACAUGAUGAUUGAUCUGGCUAAAGUAGCAGAUCUGGACAAGGUGGGGCUCACCCAUGAGCUGGUCCAGAGUCUCAUCUCCACCUACUCCACCAUUGAUGCCAAGAUGGCUUCAAGUCGAGUGAUGCUGCUUUCCAAUUCCAAACCACUUGGGUCAGAGGCUAUAGAUAAUUGAGGUGGAGACGAGGUUUCACACUAUGUAGGCGAAGCUGGUCUCGAACUCCUGACCUCAGAUGAUCCACCCACCUCAGCCUCCCAAAGUGCUGGGAUUACAGGCGUGAGCCACCGCGCCUGGCCUGUUUAUUCUCUUAAGAGAGAAAAUGAGGGGAUUAAUGGACUGUAGUUCUGGACAAGGUGGAAAACUCUUAAAGUGGAAGUACUGGGGCAAGUGCUCUGACAGGCCAGGAUGGUGCAGUCAGUCCCUUCACCCAGAAAUCAGUAGAAUGUUAGCAUUUCAGACUCAAACCUUGUGAAAAACAAGUGGUGGAAAGGAAAUCCCUCACAGCAACUGGCACCAUAAUCAAGACAAUGUUUGCAGAAUACAUGGAGUUACCUGCUUUCAGCCCCAGGUCGUAGCUAUUGUCUGCCCUGCUGAUAUGUGAUAAUAAUUUGUGAUCCUGUUGUCUUAAAAUGGGGUCACUCAUCUCCAGUAGAAUUAAGUCCACAGUGAAGUUGUCCCCCCAUCCCCAAAGAGAUAAACAUAUAUGAAUGAACUCACGUGAUAACAACUACUGCUGCCUGGGAUCAUGAGAGACCUGAACUGAACUGAUAGGAAGUGAAAGGUGGCUGAGAUAAUGAGAAUAGACCCAUCUGCAGAGGAUCAUAAAACCAGCAAAGACAAGAUCUUGUCUAAGAUGCCUUCACAAACUUUGUCCAUGAGAAUUCUUAAGGAUUUCACCAGACCUGUUGGCUGCUGCUGUGAUCUCUGCCCAAGAGGAGCCUCUGACCAACAUCCAAAGGGCUUCUGGACCCACUGGACUCCUCUGGAGGUACCUUGGUCUCCCGAUCCAUGGCUGUGGUUUUUUACUCCCUUUAUCACUGCCUGUGUGUAGAAUGAUAAUUGCACAAUUGAUAGUGUGAAGACCUCUUGAUAAAUGGUAAAUCUGAGCAUAUGUAUUUGGCUGACAUGUCAUUGUGAAACCUCACAGCUUCAGUCAGUGUCUCUCCAAGGACUGAACAAUGGAAGACUGUAGAAGAUGCUAUUCAUUAAGAUAUCUCAAGAAUAUGGAAGACUAUUAUUCGCUUCUCAUGGGACAGGACUUUAUAGGGCACCUGAAAAAACUCCCAUGAAAAAUCACUUUUACAAAAUGUCAAGUUAUGAUAUCCAAGAUGAAACCAAUGAGUCACAACAUUCACAUAAUACACUGUACAACCCUGAUCUCUUGACUGUCAUCAAAUGUUUCUUACCUCUAAACCAAAGUUUCAUUUUAUAAUUUAAUUUUUCUCAUUUUUUCCAUUCUCUUAGCUUAAGAAAAGAUCAUUACAAACUUUUUGUAAGUUUUUCAUAUAUGCUUGCAAAGGGUUGUAAAACUUUAUUGUGAGUAUUCUUGCUUUAAGCUGAAACUUCCCUAAUCUUUCUUUAGAGAUUGUGGCAUAGCAUGUUAGUUUCUUUUCCAUAUCCGAUUGUUUCCUGUAAUGAAUACAGAAAUACGGGCACUAUUUUGUAACUUUAAAUAGACAUCAUCUCAAGUCUACAAGAAUUAUCCAAAAUGGUAUUUAAUGACAUUUCUAGGUCUUCAGACACUAUUAAUGCAGAUUGUAGCCUCUAGGUCCUGAAGAUUUUACUAGAUACUGGUUACUGAAACUGAGCUUUCUUGAAUUCUUUUUCCUUCCACUGUGGUUUCCCGCAUUUCAACAUAUCAUCUAUUUUUGUCCUCAAAGGUUACUUAAAUUUUUUCCACAGAAUUAAAUUAAAUAUGAAUCAUCCCUCCUCUGAUUUUUGAAAUGACCCUUUGCUUCCUAUGAUAAUGAUUCUUCUGGUCCGUUUUGUAGUUAUAUGUUAGAGUUUGUAAAUAGUCACACAUUUUGCAACUGCAUAUAAUUUUCUUAUUAUUUUUUCCUCUUCCUCUAAAACUGCUGUUAUUUCUUUUAACUUUUUGUGGGAAAAAUUAAACCCAUCUUUCACUUUGUUGAUAUACUUAUUUAUAAUUGAACUCCUUGAUUUUUGCUCGAAUUGCUUUUCAAGUUACCCACAUUUAGGGAAGACAUUAUUUGGGUUUUGUUUAGUGUAUCAGGCUUUUUUUAGUUAGUUGUAUCAAGAAGUGUAGACUUUUCUAUACAUAAUAUCCUUUUUCCCACAGUAUUUUUUUUUUUUUUUUUAAGUCUAGCCGGGUGCAGUGGCUCAUGCCUGUAAUCCCAGACUUUGGGAGGCCGAGGCGGGCGGGUCACGAAGUCAAGAGAUGGAGACCAUCCUGGCUAACACGUUGAAACCCCAUCUUUACUAAAAAUACAAAAAAUUAGCUGGACAUGGUAACGGGUGCCUGUAGUCCCAGCUAAUCAGGAGGCUGAGGCAGGAGAAUGGCAUGAACCCAGGAGGCAGAGGUUGCAGUGAGCCGAGAUCGUGCCACUGCACUCCAGCCUGGGUGACAGAGCAAGACUCCAUCUCAAAAAAAAAAAAAAAAAAAAAAAAAAAUUCUGUUAAAAUAAAGGUCAUCGAAAGAUCUUUUCCUAAACCUUUCCUUUACCAGAAAUAGCUCUAGUGUCACAUGGUCCUUUCUCCCUUCUUGCUUUUGUAGGAAUCCAAAGCUAAUCUGUCCCUGAUCCGGAUUGCACGCACCUGUGCCUUUUGGGGCCCUUCUGCAUUAGUUCUUCCUUCUCUUCUAACCUCAAAAAUGUGUUUUCUCUGUUGGCUCUUUCCCUUUAACAUAGAAGUAUACUCACGCUUUUGUUGAAUCUUGAAAUAAAAGGCUUCCUUUACCACAUAUCUCCCUUUAAUACUACAUCUCUCUUCUCAGCCAAAUACUUGGGAAGAGAAGCCCUGAGUUUGUGUCAUUGUUUUCUCACCUCCAGUUCACUACUUUGCCCACUGCCUGACAUCCAGCUCGCUCACACACACACACAAGCCCAAUCACUAAGUUGCCAUAGCUAAUUUGUAGCUUUCCUGCCUUCCUGGCAAAAUUUGACUCUGCAUUGGGAUAAUACAUGUCGAGUACCUAUUGAACAGGCACUGUGCUAGGUGCUGCUGUUAUAGAUAUGAAAAGAAGGCAUCAUCUCCUUUCUAACAACUCACAGGAGCAGCCAUUCCUGAUUCAUACACAUCUCUUGACUCCCAGUGCUCACUUUUGCAAGCUUCACUUAAUGCCGUGUAAAUCACCCUAUUCUCCAGGUCUUCUUUCUUCCCAGUUCUCCUUACUAUACACAACUUCUCAAGGCAGUCACCUCCACACCCAUGGCUUCAAUUGCUUUCUCCAUUCUCUGAGAACAAUAGAAUUUUAAAUGGUUUUAUUUCAUGUAUUAGCUUUAUUUUAUACAAGGUGCCUCACUUGCUGUAACCAUAGAUUCAGAGUUGCUCCAUGAAAGUAAUAAAUGAAAAAUGGUGAUUUUUUAGCAUGUAAAUUUUAGGAAAUUUCCCCAGUUACGCUUGAUGGCUUGAUUUAGUGUGUAUGUUAUUUUUGAAAACAUAUGUUGGGAUGUCACAAAUGGACUUAGCCUACAGAGAUUUAUAUUCAACUUUUGACUAGAGAGUUCCAUUUUAAUGUGACACUGAGAGUAAAAAACAAUCUUUUCCUCCUUACCCAUUUCUCUUCCUACAUUCUCGGCCAGGAGGAAGGCACUGCUACAUACCCAGUCUUCCCCAGCAGAGCCUGAGCAGCUCUGUUUUCCUUCUACUUCCCCUCUUCUUUCACAUCUCAUGACCAAGCACUUCCUAUUCUGUCUCCCAAAUGAUCACAGACUUUUUCCUCCACUUUUGUCACUGCCACUGCCCUUAGCAUUACUCUGCCUUUAGAGAAAGUCUCUUAAUUGGUUUGGUUGCUUCCUUCAGUCUUUAUUAUACAGACCACUACACGCACAUCUGACAGAGACUUUUCACCUUUUUAUGGUUGAAUGACUGAAAUUCCCAGAAUAAAAUUAAAACCACCCCAGCAUCAAAUUUGAGGUCAAAUAGAGGUGGGUUUGUAUCCCAGGUUCAUAUACUGUCCAGCAGUUUGGUCUCAGAAAACUGACCUCCUUAAGCCUUUGUUUGUGUAUCUGCCUACACUCAUUGAGAGUUGGGACUGUUUCACACAUACAAUGCCUGGCAUGUAGAAGGGACUUAAUCAAUGUUGAAAGAAGGGGAGGCAUUUUAAAAUCCACAUCAAAAAAAUGUUGUUCUGUUUGGGAGUGGUGGCUCACGCCUGCAAUCCCAGCACUUUGGGAGGCCAAGGCAGGUGGAUCACCUGAGGUCAGGAGUUCGAGAUCAACCUGAACAACAUGGUGAAACCCCAUCUCUACUAAAAAUACAAACAUUAGCUGAGCAUGGGGGCGGGAUCCUGUAAUCCCAGCUACUUGGGAGGCUUAGGCUCAUGCCUGUAGUCCUAGCACUUUGGGAGGCUGAGGCGGGCCUGACCAACAUGGAGAAACCCCGUCUCUACUAAAAAUACAAAAUUAGCCGGGCAUGGUGAGGCAUGCCUGCAAUCCCAGCUACUCGGGAGGCUGAGGCAGGAGAAUCGCUUGAGCCCGGGAGGCGGAGGUUGCAGUGAGCCAAGAUCACGCCAUUGCACUCCAGCCUGGGCAACAAGAAGGAAACUCCGUCUCAAAAAAAAAAAAAAAAAAAUAGUGUUCAGCAAGGUUGAAGCAUAAAAGGUUAAUAGCCAGAAUCAUUUAUCAAUUGUAUUUCUAUACAUCUACAAGACACAAUCUGAAAAUGAAAUUAGAGAAACAAUUUCACUGGACAUCAAGAGCAAAACUUCGUCUCAAAAUAAUAAUAAUAAUAAUAAUCAUCAUCAUCAUCAUCAUCAUCAUCUACAAUGUCAUUUCCCAUCCAAGCUUGACUUCUACCCUUACUUUCUGAUAUGGUUUUGCCAUGUCCCCACCCAAAUCUCAUCAUGAAUUAUAAUCCCCAUAAUCCCGAUGUGUCGAGGGAGGGGCCUAGGGGGAGGUGAUUGGAUCACGGGGACAGUUAUCCUCAUGCUGUUCUUGUGAUAUUCAGUAAGUCCUCAUGAGAUCUUAUAGGGUUUUGUUUUGUUUUGUUUUUUGGGAUGGAGUCUUGCUCUGUUGUCCAGGCAGGAGUGCCAUGGCACGAUCUUGGCUCACUGCAGUCUCUGCGUCUUGAGUUCCAGUGAUUCUCCUGCCUCAGCCUCCUGAGUAGCUGGGAUUACAGGCAUGCACCACCACACCCAGCUAAUUUUUGUAUUUUUAGUAGAGACAGGAUUUCACUACAUUAGCUAGGCUGGUCUCAAACUCCUGACCUCAGUUGAUCCACCUGCCUUGGCCUCCCAAAGUACUAGGGUUACAAGUGUGAGCCACCAUGCCCAGCUGAGAUCUGAUGGUUUUAUACAUGUUUGACAGUUGCUCCUUCACAUGUUCCCACUCUCUGUGCGGCCACCAUGUAAGUCGGACCUGCCCUUCUGCCAUGAUUGUAAGUUUCCUGAAGGACUUCCCCCUCUGCCAUGAUUGUAAGUUUCCUGAGGCCUCCCCAGCCAUGUGAAACUGAGUCAAUUAAACCUCUUUCCUUUAAAAAUUACCCAACUUCAGGUAUUUCUUUAUAUCAGUGUGAAAACAGACUGCUAUACUUUCUGAUAAUCAUGCUUAAGCAAUUGGGGAAUUCAGACUACCUGGGAUCAAACUGUGGCCCCACCCUUAGAAGUCAUGUGACCUUGGGGAGGUUACUUACCUUCUCCGUCUCAACAACUUCUGUAAAAUCUGUAACAUGGGAUUGUUUCUGAGGGUUAAAUGAGCAUAGCACAGUGGGGACACUGUCAGGCACACACUACUUGCCAGAUGUCGAGUAUUCAUCUUUAUUGAAAUAGGACUGUGGUAAGCCACUUUAUGGCUCUCGAUUUUGUAUGAGAAAAUCAUGCUUAGUGCCUUGUUAGUAAAAGAAAGAAAAUCUGAAAGUCCCUGCCAUGGAAGGAAGAAAUAGCGGGGAGAAAAGGGAGUUGGUAAGUUUCAGCAUUUCAGAGCUUGGAGGGACAAGUUAGGUUUCUAUUUUAUGGAGAAGGAGGUGGAGGCAGGAUGGGUCCUAAGGUGUCAUUCAAAACACACAGCCAUAACUCUUUAUUGAGAGUAGAGCUAGGGCCCCAGGGAUUGCUGUGGUCAAGUUGCGGACAAAAAUGACCACUCGUUGGAAGACAGGAGAGGAGUGUUUAGUUACAAAAGCAGUCAACAAUUCAGAUGUAUCUAUAUUCAGUCAGCAAAUAAAAGUUGUUCAACUUGGUUGCUAAUGGGACCCACUCUACUGAGGCAUUGUAUAGAACUCAUAGAGGAAGAUGGCUUCAAGUAAUGAACUACCCUGUGCUUUUCUUAGGACUAAAAUCUCAGGAAGCUGGUGAUGAAUGAAAACCUUAGUCCCACUGGCACUGCACGAGGGGCCAGGAGAGCAGCAGCAUCAUAAGCCACAGGGUGGGGCAGCCAAGGCAGGGGCAUUCUGAGCUGUUGGGGAGGGGUGGCAGGCAGGGUGGGGCACUGUGAGCUGUCGGGGAGGGCACUGUGAAGUGUGGGGUGGGGCAUUGUGUGGCACAUGCCUGGGCUCCCACCUGGGGCCAGUGGGCUUCAGUCUGUAGGUGACUACAGAAGGAGGAGGAGCUCCGUCUGUUCUCUCUUCAGGCAGUUGUUGUGUCUCUCAGCACUUGUUGGGUUCACAACCUAUUAAAUAAGCCGGCUGGUCUUCACCCUCCCAGACAAGUCAACUCAGGGGAGGCGGCAGGGUGCGGGCCUUGGCCCGCAGCCCUAGCCAGGGCCGGAGCCAGGGCUGGUGCCCGGGGCCGCGCUGUGAGGUGGGCAGGCGAGGAGCGGGAAGACCAUCUCUGCAAGUGCAGCAUAGCCUCGGCCUAGGACAGCGGGAGUGCGUGGCCAAAGCUGUGAGCAGAGGCACAGGUGGUGGCAGACAGUAGAGGCGCCCCAUGGGGAACAUACUGACCUGUCGUGUGCACCCUAGCGUCAGCCUCGAGUUUGACCAGCAGCAGGGGUCGGUGUGUCCCUCUGAAUCUGAGAUCUAUGAGUCAGGAGCUGGGGACAGGAUGGCAGGAGCGCCCAUGGCUGCUGCUGUACAGCCUGCUGAGGUGACUGUUGAAGUUGGUGAGGACCUCCACAUGCACCACAUUCGUGACCGGGAGAUGCCUGAAGCUUUGGAGUUUAACCUUUCUGCCAAUCCAGAGUCAAGCACAAUAUUCCAGAGGAACUCUCAAACCGAUGCUUUGGAGUUUAACCCUUCUGCCAAUCCAGAGGCAAGCACAAUAUUCCAGAGGAACUCUCAAACAGAUGUUGUAGAAAUAAGAAGAAGCAACUCUACAAACCAUGUAUCUACUGAGCGUUUCAGUCAACAAUACAGCUUGUGUUCGACAAUAUUCCUUGAUGACAGCACAGCCAGCCAGCAUUAUCUUACAAUGACAGUAAUAUCUGUGACCUUGGAGAUACAUCAUCAUAUCACACAAAGAGAUGCAGAUAGAUCUUUGAGCAUACUUGAUGAACAGUUACACUCAUUUGCGGUUUCCACCGUGCACAUUACGAAGAAAAGAAAUGGAGGUGGGAGUUUAAAUAACUAUUCCUCCUCCAUUCCAUCGACUCCCAGCACCAGCCAGGAGGACCUUCAGUUCAGUGUUCCUCCCACUGCCAACACACCCACGCCCGUUUGCAAGCGGUCCAUGCGGUCCAACCUGUUUACAUCUGAGAAAGGGAGUGACCCAGACAAAGAGAGGAAAGCCCCGGAGAAUCAUGCUGACACCAUCGGGAGCGGCAGAGCCAUCCCCAUUAAACAGGGCAUGCUCUUAAAGCGAAGUGGGAAAUGGCUGAAGACAUGGAAAAAGAAAUAUGUCACCCUGUGUUCCAAUGGCGUGCUCACCUAUUAUUCAAGCUUAGGUGAUUAUAUGAAGAAUAUUCAUAAAAAAGAGAUUGACCUUCGGACAUCUACCAUCAAAGUCCCAGGAAAGUGGCCAUCCCUAGCCACAUCGGCCUGCACACCCAUCUCCAGCUCUAAAAGCAAUGGCCUAUCCAAGGACAUGGACACCGGGCUGGGUGACUCCAUAUGCUUCAGCCCCAGUAUCUCCAGCACCACCAGCCCCAAGCUCAACCUGCCCCCCUCUCCUCAUGCCAAUAAAAAGAAACACCUAAAGAAGAAAAGCACCAACAACUUUAUGAUUGUGUCUGCCACUGGCCAAACGUGGCACUUUGAAGCCACGACAUAUGAGGAGCGGGAUGCCUGGGUCCAAGCCAUCCAGAGCCAGAUCCUGGCCAGCCUGCAGUCAUGUGAGAGUAGUAAAAGCAAGUCCCAGCUGACCAGCCAGAGCGAGGCCAUGGCCCUGCAGUCGAUCCAAAACAUGCGUGGGAACUCCCACUGUGUGGACUGUGAGACCCAGAAUCCUAAGUGGGCCAGUUUGAACUUGGGAGUCCUCAUGUGUAUUGAAUGCUCAGGAAUCCACCGCAGUCUGGGCACCCGCCUUUCCCGUGUGCGAUCUCUGGACUUGGAUGACUGGCCAGUUGAGCUCAGGAAGGUUAUGUUAUCUAUUGGCAAUGACCUAGCCAACAGCAUCUGGGAAGGGAGCAGCCAGGGGCAGACAAAACCCUCAGUAAAGUCCACGAGGGAAGAGAAGGAACGGUGGAUCCAUUCCAAAUAUGAGGAGAAGCUCUUUCUGGCCCCACUACCCUGCACUGAGCUGUCCCUGGGCCAGCGCCUGCUGCGAGCCACCGCUGAUGAGGACCUGCGGACAGCCAUCCUGCUGCUGGCACAUGGCUCCCGUGAGGAGGUGAACGAGACCUGUGGGGAGGGAGACGGCUGCACGGCGCUCCAUCUGGCCUGCCGCAAGGGGAAUGUGGUCCUGGCGCAGCUCCUGAUCUGGUACGGGGUGGACGUCAUGGCCCGAGAUGCCCACGGGAACACAGCGCUGACCUACGCCCGGCAGGCCUCCAGCCAGGAGUGCGUCAACGUGCUUCUGCAGUACGGCUGCCCCGACGAUUCAUGCCGUGGAGGAAGUGGUGAAGGAGGUGGUGGGACAUGCCAAGGAGACUGGAGAGAAAGCCAUUGCUGAAGCCAUAAAGAAAGCCCAAGAGUCAGGGGACAAAAAGAUGAAGGAAAUCACCGAGACAGUGACCAACACAGUCACAAAUGCCAUCACCCAUGCAGCAGAAAGUCUGGACAAACUUGGACAGUGAGUGCACCUGCUACCAUGGCCCUUCCCCAGUCUCAAUAAAAAGCCACGACGUGUACAUUGAGCACUGGAUUUAUUCCCAUUUGGAUGGAAACACUAGGCAAAGUAUUUUCUUGUUGAUAUAACAUAUUUUACAUAUUUAUGGAGUACAUUUAAGUAUUUAUUACAUGCACAGAAUAGUGAUCAAUCAGGGUGUUUGGGGUGUCUAUCACCUUGAAUAUUUGGUAUUACUAUGUGUUGGGUACAUUUCAAGUCCCUUCUUCUAGCUACUUUGUUUUUUUGUUUUUGUUUUUGUUUUUGUUUUGUGACAGAGUCUUGCUCUGUCACCCAGGCUGGAGGGCAAUGGUGUGAUCUCGGCUCACUGCAACCUCUGCCUCCAAGGUUCAAGCAAUUCUCCUGCCUCAGCCUCCCAAGUAGCUUGGACUACAAGUGCAGGCCACCACGUCCGGCUAAUUUUUAUUAUUAUUAUUUUUUAUUGUUUUUAUUUUUAGUAGAGAUGGGGUUUCACCAUGUUAGCCAGGCUGGUCUCGAACUCCUGACCUCAGGUGAUCUGCCUGCCUGGGCCUCCCAAAAUGCUGGGAUUAUAGGCAUGGGAUACUGUACCUAGCCUUCUAGCUACUUUGAAAUAUACAAUACAUUGCUGCUAACUAUAGUCACCCUAGGUGAAGUAUUUUUCAACAGAAACACUUUGCAUGUCCCCCGUGUCUCCUCUGCUGAGGUGGACACUGGCACUGGGGCCCCUGCUGCUGGUUGGAUAGGUCCUCAUGAUGAAUCAGAUGCUUCUCUGUCAUGCGAAGUAAGAUCUUUCAUGUCAGGAAGGGGCUCUUCUGGAAGAAUAGUUAGUGUCUGUGCUACAUUUCCUAAAAAACUGUUUCCCCAGAAACUAUAUACAACUUUCAGGUGCCUCAGUGCUUCAAGACAUGCUAAGGGAGGACCCUCAUUUGUCUUGCAUGUUUUUGGGAUUUUUCUUGAGAUGUUCUUGCAGGACUCAGGGCAGAUAACAGACCAGCUUGAUGAAGAAUUUAGCAAGGAAGGCCCCCACUGAGCUGCUUCCUGUUCUCGCAGAGAUCAGAUAAGCAUUUCUGCUGGACGGUUACAGAAUCUGGUCAAGGAGAGACUGAGUCACUGCUCAUCCUAGAAGCUGCUGUUGAUUUUUUUUUUUUUUUAAAGACGGAGUUUCACUCUGUUGCCCAGGCAGGAGUGCAGUGGCAUGUUCUUGGCUCACUGUAACCUCUGCCUCCUGGGUUCAAACAAUUCUCCUGCCUCAGCCUCCCCAGUAGCUGGGACUACAGGUGCCCGCCACCACUCCUGGCUAAUUUUUUGUAUUUUUAGUAGAGACGGGGUUUCACCAUGUUAGCCAGGAUGGUCUCGAUCUCCUGACCUCAUGAUCCACCUGUCUUGGCCUCCCGAAGUGCUGGGAUUACAGACGUGAGCCACCGCACCUGGCCCAGAAUAUUUAUUUAGAGACUGAUGUCAGGCCUAAGUGUUGAUAGUGGGUAGUAGUGGGCAAGAUGCCUGGCCCUCUCUCUUUCUUCUCAUGAGCAAGUCAGUAUCAUAGAGGUUAAACAUAUCUUUAAGUAGCAUUUAACUUAACAUUUUUUUAAUUAAAAAAAAAGAGAAGUAAUUUGUAAAAAUAUUGCAUCCCCUAUUUCUCUUGCUGGAAGCUAUUUGUUCUUAGCAGAAAUGAGAAGCAAAGGUGUUUUGCUUAAAAAAUAAAUGAGUUGCUCACCAUACUUCUGGAUCUCAUCUAGAAUUGGACUCACAGUUU